AUGUUUGGAUCAAGUAAAAAUAAAAAACCAAGUGGUGGUGGUAAUAAUGGUAAACCACCAGUUGAGGAUGAAUAUACAGAUGAACCAAUACCAGAUAUUAAUUUUAAAGAAAUUGAUAAAUUAUUAAAUACAGAAAUCAAUGAAGAUGAUGUUGAAUUGACAGAUGCAGAUUUAGAGGAUCCUGAAUUAUUAUCUCAACUAAGCCAAAUUGAAAGUGGUGAAACUCUAAAGAAACCAGAACCACUUAAAAAACAAUCACUACAACAACAACAAACUACAACCUCAACUAUUACAACCACUAUUAAAACACAAGUUAUACCCAAACCAUUACCAAAACCUGUAAAAACUGAAGAAGAUGAAUUAAAAGAUUUAAUGGAUUUUGAUGAUGAUAAUAAUAAUAAUAGCAAUAAUAAAGAUAGUAAUAAUCAAACUGAUUAUAUUGAUCAUGAAUUAAUUAAAAAAUUAGAAGAAAGAUUAAUUAUUUAUAAAAAAUUAGCAUUAGUGGCGAAACAACAAGAUAAUAAAACAGAAGCAUUACAAUAUAUGAAGGGUGCAAAAGUUAUAUCAGAAGCAUUAGAGAAUUUAAAGGAAGGUUUACCAAUUGAAACUUCAAUUUUACCACCACAUAUUUCAGUAUCACAAUUACAACAAGUACAACAACAAGCACAAGCACAAUUACAACAAAUUCAAACACCAACAAGAUCUCAAACACCAAAUAAUAGAUCACCAACAGCAACACCAUCAUCAAUGGUAUCACCAAAAACUCAAAUUUUAUCUAGAGAAACUAUUGAAGCAGAGGAGAGAAUUCAAACAUGGGAUUUAAUUGAAGAGGAUUUUAGAAGAAAACAUUUGAAACUUACAUCAGAGGCUGUUAGAUUAAGAGAUAUUGAUAAGGUUGCAGCAAUUCAUUUAUUAAAGGAGAGUAAAGGUGUUCAUGCAAUCAUUGACCAAAUACUCGUUAAUCGUGACCAAGGUUUACCACCACCAUCAUUUCAUUUCGAAGAGAAAGUAAACUCCACUGAGAUUUCGUUCCCUGAUAUCAAAGAAAAUGAAUUUGUUAUAAAACUAUCGAAUGGACAAGAAUUACAAAAGGCAUUAUCAACUGAUUUCACCAUCUACGGUGAAUUACCAUACCCAUCACCUGAACAACCAACUAAAUUUCAAACUUCUACAAUCUCCCUCUCUGAUAGUUCAUUUUCAUAUGUAACUAAACUUCAAAUUGAAAGAAAGAAAACACUUCAAAGAUGUUUAGAAAAGAAGAAAAUCUCAUUAGUAUUCUAUUCCUCAAGAAUGUUCUUUAUGAAAUCUGUAGUGGGUAAAUGUGAAAUCAAAUUAUCCGAUCUUUUAAAUAAAUGUGAAAUCAAUGAAAAAGUACCAAUCUUAAAAGAAGGUUCAAAAAAAGAAACUGGUAGCUUUUUAAAUGUAAACAUUAAAAUGAGAACACCAUUAUUAGGUAAAGAAUUAAAAGUUGUUAAAGAAAAAGUUUUAGUUUUAGAUACUCCAAUAACUAUAACUGAAAAAUCAACAACAACAACAACAACAACAACAUCAUCAAAAUCAACAUCAAAUCCAACUCAAGCACCAACUCCUGCUGCAGAAACUUCUAUAACUACCACAACUACAACAAAAACAACAACAGAAACACCAUCAAAGCCUACACCUACACCUACACCAACACCAACACCAACACCAGCAACAACAGUAGAAAAAACUACAACAACAACAGCUGCAACAACAACAACAGCAACAAAAGCUUCAGUAAAAACAGAUGAUGUAACAGAUGAAGAUUUGGAUGAAAUGGUAGAAGAUUUAGAUAGAGUAGUAUCAAAUAAUGUAUUUGAAUGGAUGCAAGAGACAAUCAAUCAACAAAUAGCAACACAAGGAGCAAAACCAGAGUUAUUAGAUAGAAAACAAGCAAUUGAUAUUAAACUCAUGCUUUUGGAAACUAAUGUCUCAACUGGAUUGUUGUCAUUAGAAGAUUAUUUAAAGCAACUUGAAGUAGCUAUUGGAGAGGAUAAAAAAUUAGCAUUACAAUUAUCUACAAAGGGCAGAAAAGAUUUAGCUUUGAAAAUAAUGCAACGUAUGAAGAUUAUGCAAAAGGAAUUAGAUGAAUGUAAUCAACCUGCAGAAGAAUAA